AUGGCGGGCUCCGCUCUCACAGAAAAGGGCGACCUGCAUGUGCUGCUCGUGCGGCAUGGAGAGAGCCUUAACAAUCCGUUGAUGGCCAAAAUCUUUGGGCCUGUGGCUGACGAGGACCCUGUCUCUCAGCGGCGCCGUGAUGCAGAGGCUCGCUGGCUGGCCGAGCGUCUGUCGGAUCCUGCACUCACCGACAAAGGCUUGCAAGAAGCCGAGGAAGUUGCCAACACAUUGGCGCCAAUGCUGCGAAGGCUAGCGGGAAGCCGGCUGAUCAAGAUUUUCGUGUCGCCUUUCAUGCGAACGCUUCAGACAGCCCAGCCCCUGGCUCAGGCUCUGGGCUCUUCCUGUUCUGUGGAGGUUCAUCCCGAUCUCUUCGAGGUCGGGGGCGUCUAUGUGGAGCGGCUGGGCCGGCGGGAUGGCCCUGGAGAGUGCUUGACUGCCGAAGAGAUUGAGCAGCGUUUUCCGGCCUACCGCACCACCAAGUUGCCAAAAGAUGGUGCAGGCUGGUACCGGGGGAGCUGGGAGUCCGAUGAAGCUGCGCGGCUGCGAGCUGCCGAGAUCGUCAAAUGGCUUCGGUCAACAGAACUGCGCAAGGACUCUGCUGAUGUUGCAGGAGCUUAUGUGGUGCUGGUGAUCCACGGCCAUUUGAUCGACAUGCUGCUGAAGGCCCUGCUCGGCAUCGCUGACGACGGUUCGUCCGAUCACCCUCACACCAACGUCUUCACGGAACGUCCUGUCGUUUUCUUCACACCGAAUGCAGCAACUGCCCACAUCUCGAUACGGCGAAAUGGCGGAGCUGCUCGGCAAGAUGUGCUUUGA